AUGCUCUCUCGCUGUACCUUAGCUUCACUGUUUCUGUUGACAGGAAUUGCUCCGGAAGCCAACACCAUGCUGAGCUACCAAGAAGAUUGUGGAGAUCUCAAUAUCACACUUCCAUACCAAAAUGAUUUUGAGGUAGCAAAACUUUCUUCCACCCAUCUAAGUGAUUUAACAAUCUUGGACUCUCCAAACAAGGUUACAGUCAUAGGUUGUGAAUACUCCUUUGAUUUUGUGAGAGGGACAAACAAGGCACCACCCAACAACGACACCAACAAUAGUCUGACUCAUGCAUCUUGUUCUAGUAGUAUUGGCUGUUGCAGUUGUUCCAUUCAGACCAUUCCCAGAGGCUUCAGGUCUUUCUUCACUGUGGAAGAAAUGAGCAUUACAGGAAACACCAGUAAUAAAAGAUGGAAUUCUUUUAGUCGGAGCGUGGAAAAGUUGCCUAAGAUAGGACGAAGUUUCUUGUUUGAUCACUCAUUUAGCAGUGAAGCAGAAAACCUUCUUAAACGUGGUACAGUGAGAAACCCGGAAGCUUAUGAUGGAAUUUCAAAGACAAGACGGGAAUUGUACCACAUUAAAAAUGGUAAAGGUUCCAGACCAUACAUCUCAGUCUUUCCGGUAAAUCUGAUUCUUGGUCUUGGCUCUUGUUUCUCAAUUCUUUUGUUUGUGAUAUCUGGGGUUUAUUCGAGUGUGAAGAAUCUAAGGUUUAUUAAAGUCAAAACCAAUUUCUUCAAGAAAAAUGGAGGGAUAUUGCUAGAGCAGCAUAUUGCUUCACAUGGAGAUGGAAUGACAACAAUAUUUACAGCUGAGCAGCUAGAAAUAGCUACUAACUGUUACCAAAGGAUUUUACGCGAUAAAGUAGUGGAGGGCCAAGGCGGGAGUUUUAUAAAUGAGAUUAUCGCUCUUGCCCAAAUGAGUCAUGAGAAUUUGGUGAAGUUCAUUGGCUGCUGUUUAGAGACUGAUGCUCCUAUUUUGGUUUAUGAACUUGCCUCUAAUGGAACCCUUUUUGACUGCAUUAAUCACACCAAUGGGAAAGUUACAUUGCCUUGGAAUAUCCUCCUAAAGAUAGCGUCAGAAUCUGCAGCUGCUCUUGCUUAUAUUCAUUCUUCUGCAGGAAUUCACUCCAAACACAUCAUCCAUGGCAAUGUCAAGUCUUCUAACAUAUUGUUAACUGAUAAUUUCUGGUUUUUGGCCUUCGAGGUUGGUCCCUGCUAA